AUGGGCAGUCUGGUCAGUGUCUUAAAUAAAAGAAAACAUGGGUCGUGGGUACUUUUCACGGGAUUGCUUAUUGGACAGAGUUCCGCUCAGAGGGAUUAUAUUGUCAUGGCCUCAAGAACACCUCCAAAGGAAGAGACACAUGGAAAUACUUUUGAUAAGGAUUGGAUUACAGAGCAUGCUCGUCAGGUGUCCCGGAUGCUGCCUGGAGGUUUGUCUGUUUUGGGAGUUUUUUUAAUCACUGAAGCAGAUGCCAAAGACACACAAACCACUCUGCGACAGCUGGUGUUUUCUGUGGAAAACCUUAUUUGCUCUGAGCGAUUGUGGAAUCCAGAAGAUGACGAUGUUACAGACUGUGUGACUUUGCACAUCAACUCCAAAACAAGAAAAACAGUCUGCAGAACGUUUGACGUGAAGGACCCGAAGAGUAUGGCCAAACCUGCAGACUGGAAAUAUCAAUCUGGAUUGUGCUCAUCAUGGGUUUCUGUGUCCUGUUGCUCAAAUGUCAACAUCUAUUUCCCGCUCCCAACGGGACAAAACACCCCAGAAAAAAUGGAGAAUUGUAUUAAGGAAGAACUCCAAAUCUGGGCAAAGCAAAUAGAGACUGGAGUGACUUUAAUUGAUGGUAAAAUGUUUUCAGAUGAUGCCGAACUCACGACAGGACAGAAGAGGAAUGCAAAGCAAGCGUACACUGUUCAAUUGUUAAUUUCUCCGAGUGAACACAGGGUAAACGAUGUGGUGCAGAAGUGUGGAGGCAGUGUUUCCAUCAGAGGAGCCAUCCACAGCCGGGCGUAUGUGCACAGCAACAAGCCAAAGGCCAAACUCGCUGAGAAGCUGCUGAAGAGGGAUAUCAUUUCUACGCUGGCCACAAGAGUUCAUAUGGUUUUGGAGGAGUUUGUGACAGCAGGCGGACAAAACAUCAACGUUGGAGGUGACCUCCUCGUCCCCAGGCGGAUUUUUUGUCCUGUGAAGGGCAGGAGUCCGGUGUGUGUUUGUGAUUAUCAGUUCAGUGAUGAAGGACCCUCGGAGGCAGCAGUGAGACUGAAGGAGAUGUUGGACCUGGACGCAGCAGAAGAAGACAUCGACACAAGUCAAGAGAAUGUUACCAUAACAACGUCAGACAUCAAAGCAGAACCACAACCGGAACAGAUUGAGGAGGCUUCACCUCAAAGGAACAACUACAUUGGUGUGGUGAUGGCAUCUGCAGUCGCUUUGCUCGCCACAGCGGCUUCACUUCUGUACCUCAAUGAUGUUUGA